GAGGUUCUCCGUGCAGCGAUGUGCCCGCUGCCACCUGGGCAUCUCCGCCUCCGAGAUGGUCAUGCGCGCCCGCGACGCCGUCUACCACCUGAGCUGCUUCACCUGCUCCACCUGCGGCAAGACGCUGGCCACGGGCGACCACUUCGGCAUGAAGGACGGCCUGGUCUACUGCCGCGCGCACUUCGAGAGCCUCCUGCACGGCGAGUUCCCGGCGCCGCUGAGCUACACCGAGCUGGCGGCCAAGGGCGGCGGCCUGGCGCUGCCUUACUUCAACGGCACGGGCACCGUGCAGAAGGGGCGGCCCCGCAAGCGGAAGAGCCCGGCCCUGGGAGUGGACAUCGUCAAUUACAGCUCAGGUUGCAACGAGAACGAGGCCGACCCCCUGGACCGCGACCAGCAGCCCUACCCGCCCUCGCAGAAGACCAAGCGCAUGCGCACCUCCUUCAAGCACCACCAGCUGCGGACCAUGAAGUCCUACUUCGCCAUCAACCACAACCCGGACGCCAAGGACCUCAAACAGCUCGCCCAGAAGACGGGCCUUACCAAGCGAGUGCUGCAGGUUUGGUUCCAAAACGCACGAGCCAAAUUCCGAAGGAACCUCUUGCGGCAGGAGAAUGGGGGUGUGGAUAAAGCCGAGGGCCCGUCGCUCCCAGCGCCGCCCCCCGACAGCGGCGCGCUCACCCCGCCCGGCCCGGCCGCCCUCCCAGACCUGGCCGACGCCCCCCUCACUGUAGUGACCGCCGUGCCCUCGAGCAUGGACAGCCGCGAGCCCUCCAGCCCCUCCCAGACCACCUUAACGAGCCUUUUCUAA